CACACUGUUCUCAGUUUCGCAGCAGCAGCAGCAACAGCAGCAGCAGCGGCAGCAGCCGUGAGGACGACACGCUCUGCAGUCAAGAUGAGUGCUGGGGAUGUGGUCUGCACCGGCUGGCUCAUUAAAUCCCCCCCGGAGAAGAAACUAAAGAGAUUUGCGUGGAGGAAACGAUGGUUUGUGCUCCGCAGAGGUCGCAUGAGCGGUAAUCCUGAUGUGCUGGAGUACUAUCAGAGCAAGAACUCCAAAAAGCCAAUCCGCACCAUUGACCUCAAAGAGUGCGAGGUCGAAAUGUUGAACGGGCAACUAAGGAUAAAGCGAGACUUCCAUGGAAAGCACCUCUUUGUGGUGAAGACCUCAUCCCGUAUUUUUUACCUGGUGGCCAAAACGGAGGAGGAGAUGAACAGCUGGAUCAGUAGCAUCAGUCAGAUUUGCCAGUUUGGGAGCAUAGAGGAUGCAGAAAGCUCAGAAGAAGGCUCUCCUCACACACCCACCUCCCUUCAGCUGUCACCUGACAUCUCUGACCGAGCAUCUGUAUCAAGCCAACUAGAUUCCUCUCAUCCCCUGGACUACCUCUUUCUGUCACAGUGUGAGACGGGGAGUGUAAGCACUAGUAGACAUGACAGCUUUUCAAACUCUGAGAUCUCUCUGGAGCAGAAGUCAGCAGACGAUGCUGUCAAGGACAUUGUCCCCUCACCUCUUUGUGCCAGUUCCUCUCCAUCCAUCUCUCAUGCCAGCCCCAGCCCAUCUCUUUUUCCCCAUGGAAGGUUGGCCAACCCCUCUUUCAGCGCUCCAUGCUCCUCCAUGGCUUUACCGUCGUCUUCGUCCUCUCCACUACGCCACUGUGCCACGAGUGUCUUCCAGUUUGACAAACCUUAUUCUCCUGCAUCGUUUGAGUCAACGGGUGACAGACAAACACCUCCUCCACUGCCACCUAAGCCUAAUCACCUGUCAGAUCAGCUAAGUGAUGAAGGGGCUCACAAGCCGAGGGCGAUGAGCCUGCGGCAUUUUUCAAACCACCCUGCAUUAUUCAACCGGAGGACCUCUCUGUCUAGCCUGGACCAUUUCAGAAUGGGAGAUGCUGAUAGCAGGUUUAUGAGGAGCAGAAGGCAGAGUCUGAAUUUGCAGCCUUGUUUAAAUACCACACAAGUUCAAAGUUACCAGGAUGAGUCAUAUGUCCCCAUGGCCUCCCCUUCUCCCCCUGUUACCGCUGUUGAAUGUGAUGGUUAUAUCCCCAUGAGCCCCAGGACGUUCAGUUUCCUCAACACGAACUGCAAUGUUGAAUCCCCCACGUCUCUCAGCACACUAAUGUGCCAAUCUGGAGAUCUCACGCCACCUCCAAUCCACCGGCACCUCAAGCCUCGCUUGAAGAAAGCUCGACCCCCACCUCUUGACUUGAGAGGCCUUUCUACAAUCACAGAAUGUGCCACUCAUCUUCCUUUGAGUAGAGCAAUGACAGAAUCAUGCUUUUCAGCGAACACUUUGCUUCUUGAAAGAAAACUUGAGAAUGGGGACAGUCCAAGAGAUAUAGACGCAAAUUGCACUGCAAUGGAGUCAAGGCAGCAGUUCUAUCUCACCUCUGAUGGAGCAGUUCAACCCUGGGCGAGAAAAUCAAACCUUGACUAUUUAUCCCUGGAUUUCAAUUCCGCAUCCCCGUCUCCUGUGCUGAAGCAGAAGCCAUUUCUCUCUGAUGAGCACAGAGUGGAUUACGUACAGGUGGAUGAGAAGAAGACUCAGGCACUGCAGAACACCAAAAUGGAGUGGACAGAUGUCCGGCAGUCAAAGACAUAAAUGGAAAAUACAUAAUGGAAAGAAAAUCUGGCACACUUGGGUUUCAAGAAAAUCAGCGAUAACACCAGCAAACAGGACAUCCAUGAAGAGGACCAAAAACAAUUUAAAAGCACUUUGAAAAACAGUAUUGACAUAAAAGUACAAGAGUAAAUACUACACAGUUAGGGGCUUGUGUGCGUAGAGGAAACAAAAUUGCACUGUAAAAACUAAGUUAAUUCUCAGUAGAUCUGUACUGUAAAUACUGCCUGAUCAUGCACUGUUCACAGUAAAUUUUACUGUAGCUUAAGGUUUUAACAAAUUUUGAAAAGGGCAUCACAUUGCUCCACUGUAAACCAAUUCUUGUUGUAAAUGUGUGUAUAAUAAUUAUAACUGUAAAGAUGAAAAAUAUUUUAAUGAUAAAUUUU